AUGUCUGAUCUCGAAUUCCUGAUGAAUAUGGUUAGUAGUAAUGAUAUAAUCGUGGUAGCUAGGGAUUACAACCUACCGAAUUUGCUUUGGACCUUCGACGAGGAUGCAGAUGGAUUUUUACCAGUAAACGCCUCCACCGAGCAGGAGCUUGCUGUCAUCGAAUCGACGAUAGCCUGCGGGUUGUUUCAGAUGUGUUCGCUUGCGAACGCCAAUGGUAGAAUUCUAGACCUUCCGUUUGUGAAUAGACCCGAUUUAGCUGAUAUUUUAUACCCUCCAAACGCAAUUUUAAAUACCGACCGACAUCAUCAUCCUACUGUUUUUGCUGCUCUAGAUUUUAUGCACUGUGAUACCGACCGUGUUAUAGAAAUGUUACUGUACACAAACUGGCAAACACUUUUCGAAGAUCUGAACAUCGAUGUUGCGGUAUUAACCUUCUAUGAUCAUCUCUGGGACGUUUUACGCAUUCACACGCCGCCUAAACGACUACACCGACGCCAGUCUUACAAGCUCACUUCGUGGAAUUCUGAGUUACGGAGGAGCCGCAACUUAGUUUGCAAAGCCCGUAAACGCUACCUUCGAGACCGAACUGACCAAAACAAGUCAAUGCUCUCAAAGAUAGAGAUUGAAUAUUCGACUCUUCGCAAUGAUGUUUUCAACCAAUAUAUUUCUAACAUCGAACGUAACGUGAAACACGAUCCUUCGACAUUUUGGAAAUACAUCAAUAGUCGCCGCCUUACUAACUGUAUCCCAUCGUCUGUGACGCUUCAAGGACGCACAUCGGAAAGCAUCAAAGAGUCAGCUGACUUGUUUGCUGAUUUUUUUAGCAGCGUAUCUAGUCCAGUCACUCCUGAUUGUAACAAUGUGUACUUUGAUACACUUCCUAGCUACGACAUCAGUCUACCGCAACCCGUUUUUAGUGAACAUGAAGUUCUAAAAGUGCUAAAUUCUCUUGAUCCCUCGAAAGGAUCUGGGCCUGAUGGGUUUCCAACAUCGCUUGUUGUAAAAAUAGCUGCUUCGCUUGUCACACCGCUGUGCAUGAUCUUCAUUCGAUCGAUCUCAGAAGUUCGCAGUGGCAAGCCGUGUUCCAGCAAGAUGGCCAGCAAACAGCCGGUUUCUAGCCAUUCGGGUCCCAGCCGGCCGGGUUCCAGUCAGCCGAGGUUCAGCCAGCCGAGGUCCAGCCAGCCGAUGAAAUCGAUGGCAUCCCGAAAGCUGUUCGAGAGGGAGCUUUUCGGAGAUACCGAGGACAUGGACAUUGAAGACGGCCCUGGUCAAAUCAAGCCAGAUGCGGCAGCAACUAAAUUGCAAACGAAGGAAAUGAUACCGCUGGAGUAA